UGUUGAUUGAAAUCCAAGAUUAUAGUAGGAAAAAAAAAAUGGCAGCAAUGAACUCAAGUGUAUUGGCUUGCAGCUAUGCUGUAUCAGGCAUGGGCUCUUCUGAACUCACAUCAAAAUAUGCUGUUACUAUGGCUUCCCCAUCACUUCAGAAAUUGCCAUUCAUCAUUAAGUCUCAACAACAAUCCAGCUCCAACAUGGACAAGGAUCAAAUAGCAGCUGGAAGAAGAGUUGCUCUCCUUGGCCUUGCUGCUGCCCUUUUCACCACUGCUUCCUCUGCUAAUGCUGGUGUUAUUGACGAAUAUCUUGAGAAAAGCCUAGCCAACAAGGAAUUGAAUGACAAGAAGAGGUUGGCUACAAGUGGUGCGAAUUUCGCAAGGGCAUAUACUGUUCAGUUUGGAACUUGCAAGUUCCCUGAGAACUUCACAGGAUGCCAAGACCUUGCCAAACAAAAGAAAGUGCCAUUUAUAAGUGACGAUUUGGCGUUGGAGUGCGAAGGCAAGGACAAAUACAAGUGUGGUUCAAAUGUGUUCUGGAAAUGGUGAAGCUUAGCUUGAAGACUUAUGUAUUUACUCAUUUCCCAAAAUGUAUGUAUCUAUUGUGACAGUGAGAAGUAAUUUACUAUCCAUUAUCUUUUUAAUUAA